GAAGAAAACACAAACGCACAAACAACACUAUUUGUGGUUUCCACCUGCAAAUUUUCCUCCCCUUAAAUCCAUUGCUCAGGAGGUGUUCCUUUUUCCACCAAACACCCCCUGAGAUUCAUUUUCCCAAAAAAACUACCCAAAAAAAAAAGAAAAAACAGAAAACUUCAGUUCCAGUUUCAAUUUUCGUUUUCCGUUUUGAUCUCAAUGGCGUCUGAAGGCUUCACCGACAAGAAUGUUGUGUUCAAGAAACUCAAGACGAAGUCUGAAAAUAAGAUGUGUUUCGAUUGCAAUGCGAAGAACUCAACCUGGGCGUCCGUCACUUAUGGGAUCUUCCUCUGCAUCGAUUGCUCCGCGGUUCAUCGUGGUCUCGGCGUUCACAUCAGCUUCGUGAGAUCUACAAAUUUAGACUCAUGGAGUCCUGAGCAAUUGAAAACAAUGAGCUUUGGAGGAAACGGUCGUGCGCAGGUUUUCUUUAAGCAACAUGGUUGGACUGACGGUGGCAAAAUAGAAGCGAAGUAUACAUCCAGAGCUGCAGAAUUGUAUAGGCAAAUUCUUUCAAAGGAAGUAGCUAAAAGUAUGGCUGAGGAGGCAAGCUUGCUUUCAUCGCCUGUUGCUUCUCAGUCUGCCCAAGGGGUUAAUGGACUUGCUGAUGUUAAGACCAAUGAAUCACCGAAAGAAAACACUUUGGAGAAGCCAGAAAAGCCUGAGAGUACUUCUUCACCUAGAGCACACACAGCGGUAUCAAAUACUAUGAAGAAGCCUAUUGGGGCUAAAAAAGCUGGGAAGAGUGGGGGGCUUGGUGCCCGUAAGCUCACUAAAAAGCCAAGUGAGUCUCUCUAUGAGCAGAAACCUGAAGAACCACCUGCUCCGAUCCCAUCCACCACAAACAACAAUUUAUCUGCUGUGCCAUCUCUGACGUCUCGAUUUGAGUAUGUUGAAAAUGUCCAGUCAUCCGAGUUGAAUUCUGGAGGUUCAAAUGCAAUAAGUCAUGUUUCUGCACCAAAGGUAUCAAGCUUCUUUUCAGACUUUGGAAUGGAUAGUGGCUUUCAGAAGAAAUCUGGGCCAAGCUCUUCAAAAGUGCAAAUUCAGGAAUCUGAUGAAGCAAGAAAAAAGUUCUCAAAUGCUAAAUCUAUUUCGUCAUCCCAAUUUUUUGGAGAUCAGAGCAAGGCAGAUGUUGAAGCUAAAGCUACUUUAUCGAAGUUUUCUGGUUCGAAUGCCAUCUCCAGCGCUGAUCUUUUUGGUGACUCUGGCGAUAACUCCAUUGAUCUUUCUGCUAGCGACCUCAUCAAUCGAUUAUCUUUCCAGGCACAACAGGAUAUCUCUUCCCUUAAGAACAUUGCAGGAGAGACUGGGAAGAAGCUCAGCUCAUUGGCCUCUACCUUGAUGACUGAUUUUGGAGACCGAAUCCUCUGAAAUUGUAUCAUGUUCUGUAUGUAAAAUGUCUUUAGUGUUUGCUAAAGAUACCAGCCGGUUAUGUCUUGAGUUCAGUAUACAAUUCUUUUGAGAUACAAAACACUAUAAUUUCCAGGCUUGUCAUAGAGGCUGGUGUUUUUAUUUUGUACCACAGGUACUGUUUUUAGGUUGCUAAUAUGUUUCAGAUUGUUAAUAUUUUUUAUUUAUCAAUACUAGUUUGUGGCGAACUUUGCUAUUGUAUCAGUUAAGAGAAAAACAUUUUUAGAUCA